AUUCUCUAACUGAAUUCUUUCUUUUACUUUGGAUUAAAAAGGAAUUCACUUUACUUAUGAGAAAUAUUAAUAAUGGGAUCUUGGCAAGUAUACGCUAGGGAAAUUGUUGAGAUAAUUCACUUUUAUGGCGAGUUAAAUGAAACGGAUUCUGUAUGUUUCAUUGAAAGAAUUUCAUUAGAUCCUAGUAAAGAGAAGAUAUCAAAGUAUUUAGCAAACAAUAAAUAUCAAAGUCAUCAUUCAAAUGAUCUGAAAAUAUUGAAGUUAAAUGUAUAUGAUAAAAUCAUUAUAUAUGAAUGUGUUGGUCUGAAGAAAGAAUUCUUCGAACACGCUUUAAAGCAUCUUGAAAAAGCAGAAGGGAAAUUACUGAUAAUCAAGAAACUUCAAAAUUGGAUUGGUAAAUUUAAUGACGAACAGUGUGAACAAUCUGCUAUCGAAAUGAACUCUUUGUUUAGAGAUUUAUUAGAUGCUGGUUUCAAUAUUCAGUGGGACGUAAUCGAUUUACCUAUCGACAUAAAUUAUAACAGAUGGUUUGAAAGUGUAAGCUAUUGUUCAGAACGUUCAAUUCAUAAUAUGAAAGCGUCUCUCAAAUAUAUUCCACUGGAUCGUGAAAAUAUUAGAAUGAAUGAACAACUAUUAAUAAUUAUCGCUAGUCCGAAGCUUCCUACAGAUUGUGAAUUCAAACCGAUAAAGCGAUCACUAAAGUCGAAGCAUAAAUCAACUAAUAAAUGCAGUUUAUAUCAAAACACAACUGAUGUAUGGCCAUUAUUUGUGACGCAGCAACUGAAGACUAUAGUAAACGAACAAGCGCGUGAAAUUAUUUUAAAUUCAGUUAAUCCGAUCAAUAAGCAGUAUAAAAACACAAAUCGAGGUGGUGUGAAGAGGUCAAUGUAAAUAACUAUGUAUGUGAAUACCUUGUACGGGCUUGAUUAUCCUUUUAUCUUUUUCACUUUUUGACGAUACAAAGUUUAAACAGAAUUAUAAAAAUAUUUAACAAUACUUCUGAAUGUAACCGAAUGAGUAAAUAAUUCAACCAUGUUUUAUAAUUAUUUAGUCAUAUACACAAAGUACCGUCAUUAGUAUUGUUAAUGAACGUCUGAUUAUGAUCUUUGUUAAACAACAUUUUUCCUAUAUACAUUGAUCGAAACGUAUUACGUGUAUUAUUAGUACGUAAACAUCUCGUUUUAUCUACAUUUGAAUAUUUUACAUUAUUCUUCAAA